GACCAGGACCAGGACCAGGACCACCACCACCACCACCACCACCACGUUCCCAGGGCCAAGAGGGCUCUCCACCUUCCUCAACCCCCCACGCCAUCGCCAUCCCGACCUCCUUCCGCUGCCGCUGCCGUGGAGCACCACCAGGACCAGGACCAGGUCCAGGAGGAGCCCUGCGGUGGCCUGUUGGAUGAAGCCGCCCUCCACCUCCACCUCCACCUCCACCUCCACCAGGACCAGGACCAGGAGGGCCUCAACCUCCUGGAGCAACACAAGGACGAUGCUGCUGCUAAGGAUGAUCACGAGGAGGAGGUGGAGCAAGGGGAUGCAACCAUAGAUGAUGAUAAUGCUGUCAAACAUCAUCAUCAUGAGGUGGUGGAGCAAAGUGUAAUACAUGAUGCCGUUGCUCUUGCUGUUGCUCUUGAUGAUGAUCAGGACAAGAAGCCACUUAUUGAGCAAUGUACUAGUACCACCUCUUCCUCUUGUCAACAACUAACAACAGCCAUGGAGAAUGAUGAUGAUGCUCUUGUGCAAGUUCAAGAUGCCACCCACCCAAGGGAUCAAGACAUUGCUGCUGAGGGACAAGAGACACCGGAAGCUCAUCAGCUGGGAUCAACUGAGAAUGCUGAUGCUCUUGUGCAAGUUCAAGAGGAAGGUGCCACUGCUGUAGAUGACCAUGACAAGGCAGUGGACCAAUGCAUCACUUAUGAUGACUUGGGAACAACCAUGGAGGAUGAUGUUGCUAAGGAUGAUCAGGAGGUGGCGGAGCAAGGUGUCAUUGACCAAGGGUAUGCACCCAUGGAUGGUGAUAAUUCUGUCAAAUAUCACGAGGUGCUGCUGCUAAGUGCCGCGCAAGGAACGCGCCCUACCACUCAUGACAUUGCUGCUGCCGAGGAUCAAGGAAAGAAUGUGGAGCAAUGCACCACUUAUGAUGACUUGGGAACAACCAUGGAGAAUGAUGUAGCUAAGGAUGACCAGCAGGUGGUGGAGCAAGGUGUCAUUGACCAAGGGGAUGCAGCCAUAGAUGAUGACAAUGAUGUCAAACAUCACGAGGUGCUGCUGCUAGUUGCCGUGGAAGGAACGCGCGCUACCACAGAUCACAUUGCUGCUGUCGAGGAUCAAGGAAAGAGUGUGGAGCAAUGUACCACUUAUUAUGACCUGGGAACAACCAUGAAGAGUGAUGAUGAUGUGGACGAUAAUGCUACUGUUGAAGAACAAGAGGUGCUGGAGGAGCAAGGUGUUGUCGAUUUAACCAUGGAUGAUGAUGAUUCUGUCCAAGAUCACAAGGUGUUGCAGCAAGGUAUCAUUGACGGAGCCGAUGACAUUGCUGUUGAGAAGCAAGAGAAAGUGCUGGAGCAAUGUUCAAGAGCAACCAAGGAUGAGUACACUGUCAAAGAAAAGGAGAUGGUGGUGGAGCAAGGUGUCAUUGACCCAAGGUACAUGGAUCUUGCCACGGAAGAUCAGGUUAAGUUGUCGAUCGUAGACGACCAGGGUACAGUGCCCAUGGAUGAUAUUGUGGUGAAAGACCAUGAUAAGGCGGUGGCGCAAUAUGCCAGCGAUGCAAUAGUAACAAUCAAGGAUGAGAGUCCUGUGGAGGAACAUGAUACGGUGGGGAAUCAAGGUGUCAUCGACAAAAAUGGCAGAACCAAGGAUGAUAUUGAUGUGGAGGGACAUGGCUAUCUGAAGGAACAGGUCAUCGUCGAUAACUGGGGUACAUCCAGUGAUGCUACUGCUUUGGAAGGUCAGAAGAAUGAGGCUGAGCCACGCAUCGGUGAUGCACAGAUAGCAGGCAAGGACAUGGAUGGUGUUCAUGCUGAGGGGAACAUGAUGGAGCAAAGGACCGGCGAUAAACAGGGAGCAACACACUCUGAUUUCACUGUUGAUAAGCACCAGGAUGUAGUGGAGCGUGUCCGCCAUGAGUGGGGUGCACCUGAGGAUGAUCGUGCUAUAGACACGGCAGCUUAUCAAGGUACCGGCGAUUGGGGUAUAGUUAGCGAGGAGAAGGUUAAGCUGCCUGAGGAUGAUCGUGCUAUGGACACGGCAGCUUAUCAAGGUACCGGAGAUUGGGGUACAGCUAGCAAGGAGAAGUAUAAGCUGCCUGCUAGAAGAUAUCCACAAAAGCCCAGAAAACUUAACUGCCCCUCUUACAUGUCAAAAGGGACCUGCACAUACGGGCCCUCAUGCCACUUCAAUCACCCACCGCAGCUUAAAUCUAGGUCAGAUGAAUCAUGGCGUCCCUCUGAAAGAAGAAACCAUGGCGCUGCAGAAAUUCUGGAACUGAACCGCCUUGGCCUUCCCAUUCGAGAAGGAGCAAGAAACUGUGACUACUAUAUGCGAACUGGUGCUUGCAGAUAUGGCAAAAACUGCCAUUUUAACCAUCCAGACCAUGUCAUUGAUGCUCAGUUCAAUCCACCAACAGGGUGGGAGGAUAAUGCUUUGCAGCAAAUGGAGAAAUCUUCUGACCGUACAUUAGAUGAGACAUCACACAUGAAGAAAUCUUCCGAUGAUGCGACCUUAGAUAACAGAUCACACAUGAAGAAAUCUUCCGAUGAUGCGACCUUCGAUGACAGAUCACACUUGAAGAAACCUUCUGAUGGUGCGACCUUAGAUGACAGAUCACACUUGAAGAAACCUUCUGAUGGUGCGAUCGUAGAUGACACAUCAUACUCAAAGAAGUCUUCUGACCAUGACAACUCAUGUAGCUCUGGUGUCCUGCCACCAAGCAUAUUUAGAAUGCUUCUACCUCCCCAAAAAGUACUGCCUGGUACGGAAGGAAAGGCGAAAAAGAAGUCAGGCUGGUCAUCAGACGAUUCCGAUGGUUGCUGUUCAGCAGAUAGUUCAGAUGGACCUUUGUGCAAGCAGGGGGGGCACGUGGAUUACCCUGAGAGGCCUGGCAGACCAGAAUAUCACCACCCAAAACAGUCAAAAGACAAAGAAGAGGUAAACUAUCCUGAGAGGCCUGGCAAACCAGAUUGCCCCUUCUACAUGAGAUUUGGUGAUUGUAAAUUUGCAUCAGCAUGCAACUAUCACCACCCAAAAGACAAAUACCUAGCUGGGAGACCUGAUGAACCAGAAUGCCCAUUCCUUAUGAAGCGUGGGUACUGUAAACUUAGGGCACAAUGUAAGUUUUAUCACCCAGAGGCUUCAAAUCCUACCAUGCAGAGCCCAACAGAUGCAAAAAGAUCUGUUACCACUGAUGAACAUCAUCCAUCUACAAGAAUCACAUUACAAGACUAUAUGCUUCCCCAGCAACCGCAGUAUCCUGAGAGACCUGGUCAGCCAGAGUGCCGGUACUACUUGCAGUUUGGGAAAUGCAAAUAUCUGUCUGCUUGUAUAUUUCACCAUCCAAAAGAUAGACUUGCAGCUCACUCUGAUCAGAUUGGACCUGGCAUGCCAGAUUGUCCUUUCUAUAUGAAAACUGGGAAAUGUCAAUUUGGAUCAGCAUGUGAAUUUCGUCAUCCCAAAGAUAUACAUUCAAGUUCAACUACAGAGGAAGCAUUUGGUGAGAGAACUGGCUCGGGGGCGUACGAUAGUUUGACAAGGUCAGAUAAUGGUGUGGAGCAACAAGAAGAGAGCAUCAUGUAUCCUGAGAGGCCCGGUGAACCUGAGUGUAACCACUACAUGAGGCAGGGCUACUGUAAGUUCCAGAUGAACUGCAAGUACCAUCAUCCAGGAGACCGGCUGUCUAAGAAACAGUAUUGUUGUUUCAAUUGCAGUGAAGUCAUCCGCACCGACCACUUGAGCAAAGCAGGGACACGCUGGUUACCGCACGAAUGCUACCAACGGAAAGCAUUGUCUUGAUGUGUCGCCAGGUGUUGUUAGAGCAGGCUGUCUGGCUCAAGUGUGAGUGUGUCUGACGACUGAAGAGAGAGGAGUAGGAGGAUUCUGAUGAACGAACCAAAGCUUGGAGUCAUCGUUUUUCUGGGGGUCUAUGAGCGAGUAGUCGUUUACUUAUGUUUUCUCAUAUGAAUCUCUUAUCUCCCGCUAUUGGGGAUCCGAUUUGCGUACCAACCCAAGACAUGCUUAUCGGGCUUUAUGUAUUAACGAUUGGAAAGCGUCGAGGUAUUUGUGCAAAUAGAUAUAAUAGUUGCAGAAACUAUCCUAGUUAUGUCCGUUUUGAGCGCGUUUGAGCUGUGUUGGUGAAAGGCACUCCCUCCCUCCCUCCAUUUGCUAUCGAUUAUGCGCUUGCGACAUACUCUAUUUGUGUGGACAAGGCCAGGCCAGGCAAUCAUGAAUUUGCAAACUGUAAUCUUGGCAUGACUCUAAGUGAAUGCUGUCUAGCUAGCAUGAUAGCAAGGUGUAUCAUGAAUGAACACCGAUGAUAUGAGAUGAGAUUACUACUUAA